AUGGCAUCAAAGGAUGCGGGGAAGACGGCAUCGUCCAUCGACGCGCAGCUGAGGCAAUUGGCCCCUGGGAAAGUGUCCGAGGACGAUAAGCUCGUUGAGUAUGAUGCGUUGCUUUUGGAUCGCUUUCUCGAUAUUGUUCAGGAUUUGCAUGGGGACGAUCUCCGGAAGACGGUGCAAGACCUUUAUAAGCUUUCGGCUGAGUAUGAAAGAAGCCGUGAUCCUAAAAAGCUAGAUGAGCUUGGAAAUGUGUUGACAAGUUUGGAUGCAGGGGAUUCAAUUGUUGUUUCAAAAUCCUUCUCUCACAUGCUUAACUUGGCCAACUUGGCCGAAGAGGUUCAGAUUGCUCAGCGCCGGCGAAACAAGAAGAAAGGAGACUAUACCGAUGAGGACAAUGCAACAACUGAAUCAGACAUAGAAGAGACUCUUAAGAGACUCGUUGUUGAUAUGAAAAAGUCCCCUCAGGAAGUUUUUGAGGCAUUGAAGAAUCAAAGAGUGGAUCUUGUCCUUACAGCCCAUCCUACUCAAUCCAUACGACGCUCCUUGCUCAAGAAGCAUGGAAGAAUUCGGAAUUGCUUAUCCAAACUAUAUAAGACAGACAUUACACCUGAUGAUAAACAAGAGCUUGACCUGGCUCUGCAGAGGGAGAUUCAAGCUGCUUUCCGAACUGAUGAGAUAAGAAGGACUCAGCCAACACCCCAAGAUGAAAUGAGGGCAGGCAUGAGUUAUUUUCAGGAAACAAUAUGGAAUGGCGUACCCAGCUUUCUGCGCCGUGUUGAUACAGCAUUGAAGAACAUAGGGAUUAAUGAACGUGUUCCAUAUAAUGCACGUAUAAUUCAAUUCUCUUCAUGGAUGGGUGGUGACCGUGAUGGCAAUCCAAGAGUAACUCCUGAGGUCACAAGGGAUGUCUGUUUAUUGGCCAGAAUGAUGGCUGCUAACAUGUACUUCUCUCAAAUUGAGGAACUCAUGUUUGAGUUGUCAAUGUGGCGCUGCAAUGAUGAGCUUCGUACGCGAGCUGAUGAGCUCCACAGGUCUCCAAGGGGAGACUCAAAACACUUCAUUGAAUUUUGGAAGACAAUUCCAUCAAAUGAGCCUUACCGAGUCAUUCUUGGCGAAGUUAGGGAUAAGCUCUAUGAGACCCGUGAGCGUGCUCGUUAUUUAUUAGCUUUUGGUGUGAGUGACAUCCCAGAAGAGGCUACGUACACAAGUGUUGAAGAGUUGUUGGCACCUCUUGAACUCUGCUACAGGUCUCUGUGCGAGUGUGGAGACCGUGUAAUAGCUGACGGUAGCCUUCUAGAUUUUCUACGUCAAGUUUCAACAUUUGGGCUGUCAAUUGUUAGGCUCGACAUCAGGCAAGAGUCAGACAGGCAUACUGAUGUCAUUGAUGCCAUAACGAAACACUUGGGCAUAGGUUCCUAUAAGGAAUGGUCAGAAGAUCAAAAGCAGGAAUGGCUCUUGUCUGAACUCCGCGGAAGACGUCCUCUCUUCGGGCCUGAUCUCCCAAAAACCGAAGAAAUUGCCGAAGUUCUGGACACGUUCCACGUGUUGGCAGAACUCCCGCCGGAUUGCUUAGGUGCCUACAUCAUUUCAAUGGCCACUACACCAUCUGAUGUGUUAGCCGUCGAGCUUCUGCAGCGUGAAUGCCAUAUGACUCAGCCUUUAAGAGUCGUUCCACUCUUUGAGAAAUUAGGUGACUUAGAGGCCGCUCCUGCUGUAGUUUCUCGGUUAUUCUCAAUCGACUGGUACAAAAAAAGGAUCGACGGUAAGCAAGAAGUCAUGAUUGGAUACUCGGAUUCGGGUAAAGAUGCUGGCAGAUUAUCAGCAGCCUGGCAGAUGUACAAGACUCAGGAGGAACUCAUAAAAGUAGCAAAGCAGUAUGGUGUGAAGCUGACAAUGUUCCAUGGACGAGGUGGGACUGUUGGAAGAGGAGGGGGCCCAACUCACCUGGCUAUAUUGUCUCAACCGCCGGAUACUAUACAGGGAUCUCUUCGGGUCACGGUUCAGGGAGAAGUCAUCGAGCAAUCUUUUGGGGAGGAACACUUGUGCUUCAGAACACUGCAGCGAUAUACUGCUGCUACACUAGAACAUGGAAUGCAUCCUCCGGUGUCCCCUAAACCGGAGUGGCGUAAACUCUUAGAUGAAAUCGCUGUUACUGCCACUAAGGAGUAUCGAUCUGUUGUGUUCAAGGAGCCUCGGUUUGUUGAGUAUUUUCGCCUUGCUACACCUGAGUUGGAGUAUGGCAGAAUGAACAUUGGCAGCCGUCCAUCAAAAAGGAAGCCGAGUGGUGGCAUCGAGACACUACGAGCCAUUCCAUGGAUCUUUGCCUGGACACAGACAAGAUUUCAUCUCCCAGUAUGGCUAGGCUUUGGCGCGGCAUUCAAAUACGCGAUUGACAAGAACAAGAGCAAUCUCCAAAUGCUGCAAGACAUGUACAAUCAAUGGCCUUUCUUUAGAGUCACUAUUGACUUAGUCGAAAUGGUGUUCGCCAAGGGAGAUUCCAACAUUGCUGGAUUAUACGACAAGCUCCUAGUGUCCAAAGACCUGUGGGAGCUUGGGGAUCGACUAAGAUCCAACUACGGUGAAACCAAGAAUCUCCUGCUCCAGAUUGCCGGGCACAAAGAUCUUCUCGAAGGCAACCCUUACCUGAAGCAACGGCUUCGCCUGCGCGACUCCUACAUCACCACAUUGAAUGUGUGCCAGGCAUACACACUGAAGAACAUCCGUGAUCCAGAGCAAAGCACAAAGCUGAAACGCACGGAAUCGAAUACCUCGAAGCCAGCUUCUGCUGAACUUGUGGCAUUGAAUCCCACAAGUGAGUAUGCACCAGGAUUGGAGGACACUCUCAUUCUAACCAUGAAGGGAAUUGCUGCUGGAAUGCAGAACACUGGCUGA